CCCCUAAUCAGAAGUUAUUUUCUUCACUAGGUUUUCAUUAACGAAAGGAAUUAAACAUCUCUCACCCCUCAAAUUCCGAACCUAUAUGCUAUACUCCAUGCACUCCCACCACUAAAUUAUUGCUUCCUUUCCCAUUGAUCUGAAUUUCAUUUCCGCUGCCAUAUAUUGAUCAGUCGAAGAUGAUCACCACUUUCUCUCAAAUUCUCUUUCUUUCGUUCCUUGCCAUUUGGUUCACAUCGUUUGCUGCCAAUAUUACUCAGCCAGAUGAAGUGCAAGCUCUGAAAGAUAUAGCAAACACACUUGGUAAGAAGGAUUGGGACUUGAAUAUAGAUCCAUGUGGUGAACGAAGAAACUGGACUACUCCUACUGUGAACGGAGUAAUGAACAACGUCACCUGCAAUUGCUCUAUCCCCGGUUCCAAUUUCUGCCACGUUGUUGGGAUAUUGCUGAAAUCACAAAAUCUUCAAGGCGUGCUCCCACCCGAACUGAUAAGGUUGCCUUACCUCGAAGAAAUUGACCUCACUCGCAACUACCUUAACGGUACAAUACCUAAGGAAUGGGGCUCCUCCAAUCUUCGCAUCAUUUCUCUUCUUGGAAACCGACUGACUGGUACAAUCCCAACGGAGAUAGGAAACAUUACCACACUUGAGAGUUUGGUCCUCGAGGACAAUCAAUUCUAUGGAAAUCUUCCUCCGGAACUUGGGGACCUUUCAAACAUUGAAAGAUUGCAUCUUACCUCUAACAACUUUACUGGAGAGCUCCCUGAAACUUUGGCGAGACUUACAACAUUGAGGGAACUACGACUUGGUGACAAUCAAUUCUCUGGAAAGAUACCCGAUUUUAUUCAAAGAUUGACAAAUCUUGAAAUGCUAGUAAUUCAAGGGAGUGGUUUAAGUGGCCCAAUUCCUUCUGGAAUUUCAUUUCUGCAAAGCUUAACCGACUUGUGGAUUAGUGACUUGAAUGAAGGUGGUGAUUCUACUUUUCCACGAAUUGAUAACUUGACAAAAUUGGAAAGAUUGAUAUUAAGGAGUUGCCAAAUAAAUGACACGUUACCCCAAUAUCUUGGGAACAUGACAAGUUUGAACUCUUUACAAUCCAUAGACCUGAGCUAUAACAAAUUAAGUGGAAACAUUUCAGAAACUUUUGAAGAGAUAUCAAGAUUGACUUACCUAUAUUUAACUGGAAACUCAUUCACUGGACCAGUACCCAAGUGGGUAGAGAAAGCUGAUCACUACAUAGAUCUUUCAUAUAACAACUUCAGCAAUGAAAACGUCCAGCAACAGACAUGCCAACAAAGUACAAAAUCGAAAGUGAACUUGUUUGCAAGCUUUCCAAAUAGCAAAAAUGGACCAAUUUAUUGUCCGACGACAAGAAAUGAUUGUUCUAAAACCGUUAACUCUCUCCAUAUCAAUUGUGGAGGAAGAAAAAUAGAGAGUGGAGGUAUAAUAUAUGAGGAUGAUUUAGAUCAAGCUGGACCAGCAAUAUCGAAAGAGCAAGGAGAAAAUUGGGCAUUUAGCAACACUGGUUACUUCUUGGAUAAUGGCACUGCAGCAGAAGCUUAUAUACAAGAAAACAACACUAGGCUUUCAAUGCCUGAUUUUACACUAUAUCAAACUGCACGUGUGUCCCCAAUUUCUCUGACCUAUUAUGGUUUUUGUCUAGAAAAUGGAGACUACACAGUAACGCUCCAUUUUGCAGAGAUAAUGUUCACUGAUGAUGACACAUAUAGUAGCUUAGGGAGGCGUAUAUUUGAUGUUUACAUUCAGGGAGUGCGGGUAUUGACAGAUUUCAAUAUUGCAAAUGCAGCAGGAGGAGUUGGAAAGGAAACUAUACAACGAUUUCCUACUUCUGUGAAUAAUAACUCUUUAAAAAUACGUUUUUAUUGGGCUGGAAAAGGGACAACUGAUAUCCCAUAUAAAUCCAUAUAUGGCCCUCUUAUAUCAGCUAUAUCUAUAAGUCAUGAUUCUACAAGUGGCAUAUCUGCAGGGGUUGUGGUUGGAAUAGUAGCUGCUGCAAUUUUUGUUGUCAUCAUGUUUGUACUACUUUGGUGGAAAGGUUAUAUUGGGAAAAGAAAUUCGUUAGCAAAAGAGUUGAAGGAUUUAAAUCUGCAAACGGGUUUAUUUACUUUGCGUCAAAUUAAAGUUGCAACAAAUAACUUCGAUGUUUCUAAUAAGAUCGGAGAAGGGGGCUUUGGUCCUGUUUAUAAGGGCAUUUUGUCUGAUGGCACAAUAAUAGCUGUGAAGCAGCUUUCAUCUAAGUCAAAGCAAGGAAACCGUGAGUUUGUAAAUGAGAUAGGCAUGAUUUCUGGUUUGCAACACCCUUGUCUUGUUAAACUUUAUGGUUGUUGUGUUGAGGGAGAUCAAUUGUUGUUGGUAUAUGAAUAUAUGGAAAACAAUAGCCUUGCACAAGCUUUAUUUGGUCAUGAAAAAAAUAAUUUAAAAUUGGAUUGGCCAACAAGGCACAAGAUUUGUGUUGGUAUUGCGAGAGGUUUGGCAUUCUUACAUGAAGAAUCAAGAUUGAAAAUUGUCCAUAGGGACAUUAAGGCCACUAAUGUGUUGCUAGACAAAGAAUUAAACCCAAAGAUAUCGGAUUUUGGUCUAGCUAAGCUCAAUGAGGAAGACAAUACUCACAUAAGCACAAGAAUAGCUGGGACUUAUGGAUAUAUGGCUCCAGAGUAUGCAAUGCAUGGUUAUUUGACCGAAAAAGCAGAUGUCUAUAGUUUUGGAGUUGUGGCCUUGGAAAUUGUCAGUGGAAAGAACAACACAAUCCAUCGUUCGAAGCAAGAAGCUUUGCAUCUUCUUGAUUGGGCACGUUUAUUGAAAGAGAAAGGUAACCUAAUGGAGCUAGUCGAUGGAAGGUUAGGUGCAAAUUUCAAUGAAGAUGAGGCAAUGAUCAUGAUCAAAGUAGGUCUCUUAUGCACCAAUGUCACUUCAAACCUAAGGCCUACCAUGUCAUCAGUGCUUAGCAUGCUUGAAGGAAAAAGUAUGAUUCCAGAAUCAAUUUCAGAUCCAAAUGAGAUGAUGAAUGAAAUGAAGUUAGAGGAAAUGCGAGAAUAUUACUACCAAGUAGAAGAAAAUAAGAUAAGUGAGACACGAACACAAAGCCAUAGUUUAUCAAUUGAUGGACCAUGGACUACAUCUUCAUCAGCUGUAGACUUAUAUCCUGUCCAUAUUGAUUCUUCGUACUUGGAGAAAAGAAAUUAAGAGUAUGCACAAAUUGCACUUACAAAUUCAUGUGAUAUCUUUUGUUCUUUCAUGCUUAUUUUUUCCUCUUAUACUCCAUGACUUGAUAGUUUAUUGAAAAACAUGUAAAUAAAGCAAUACCAAAAAAAUGCUUUCUACAUUUUGUAUAUGUAAUUACAAGCCCUUCCAGCAUACUCUAUGCAUUCAAACCCUUCUCCGUAGUGACAUAUCAGAAAAUAUUGAUAUGAAAUAUAGGAAUUUUAUUUG